AUGGAGAUGAAAUGGUCCUUAUGCUGUCACAUAAAUGUUCGUAUUGCGUACACAAUCUGUGGUAUUAUUAUUGGACUCUUCUGGGCAUGCGUUUAUAUUUUCGCAUGGAAGAAUUGGGUAGCUCUUGCCACGUGUCUUGUUGCCACUUCAUUUGCAUUUGAGACAUUCUUCUUCUAUUUUUCUAUCAAGAAAGACACAAUUCUGAAAUGGAAGCCCACAACAUUCCAGAUUCUUUUCUGGAUGAAUUUACUUGUUGGAUUCUUAUCAAUUGGAGGAAUGAUUGCAGCCAUUGUGCUUGCUGCAACAAAACAUCAAGGAGUUUCAAACACAGAUCAACAUGGAUUAAACUGGUGGUCGACUGCCACGUGGUUUUUGGUGAUGCUGAAAUGGACCUGGCAAAAUGCAUUCAUUGCAAGAUUAUAUUCAAAGAAACUUGAGAAAUCAAUCAUUCAUCCAGAAGAACCAGAUGAUCCAUCCACAUGGAAAUUUUAG